AUGGUUUUGCUAGAUAAUUUAUGGGACGAGGUAUUGGCUGGGCCUCACCCUGAUCAAGGCAUCAGGAAGAUCACCACCAAGCCCUUGAACCUUAAAAGACAUGGGGAAGGAGAGGGAAGUAGAUCGUUGUUGAUGCCAGAGAGCCCAACGACUCUGACAACGCCGACAACACCAUCUUCAGCUAGAAAAGAGAACGUGUGGAGGAGUGUCUUCAACCCGAGGAGCAAUCUUGCCACCAAGGUCAUCGGUGCUGCUCUUUUUGACAAGCCCGAACCUAACACUCCUACUGUUUACGAUUGGCUUUACAGCGAUGACACCAGGAGCAAACAUCGUUGA